GGAACGGGCAAAGUGGUCUUCAGAACUUAGCCUGCUCCUAAAUGAAAAGUGUUCUAAUUCUUAGAGUCAUUGUUCUUGGAUGUAGCAUGAGCUGCUGUUCUCUGAAAAUGUCAAGGCAUUCUUUAGGCAAACUGCUGAGAGGAAGGGAACAUCCCCUCCUCUCCUGGAAUUCACUUUGCAAUAUUCUUUCUGCUCUGCAAAAAGCAGAUGUUGAUAAAAAUUCAUCCCAGAUCCCAGGGUGCACUGAAUCUUUGGAAGUAUGUAAUCUUGUGCUGAAUCUCCCAAGAGAGUGUUUCUUCCCAAGAAAAUGAAGGCUCCUGAUUUUUCAGCCCUCCUUCCCAUUUGUAGAUGACAGCCGCUUGCCUUGGUGCCUGUUUGUCUUCUGAUUUCUGUCUGCUCUGAUGGUUUUUCCAUGGGCUUAGUUUCCCCUCAAGGCAACCCUGCAAAGGAGUGUGGGAGAAUCAGACUCUGUGCAGAGCUGCCUGUUUUGCUGGGGCUGCUGUUGUUGUUGUUCUUGUUGAUGUUAUCGUUAGCCAAAAGACCACAAAUUGCUCAGAGCCCCAGAGAGUGGAGCUGGGUUUCAGAUCUCCUGCAAGCUCAAUCUCUCUGUUUUGAACUUUGCUUCUUGCAUUUUGUUUCUUUCAGGGUGUGUGGUGAGUGUGGAAGAUCCAGAAAAGAAGUACACUGGAUGGGAACAUCUUGGCAGUGGGUGAGUGCAGCCACACUUAUUUCUACAGAACCACAGGCCAGGAAUUUUGGUGGUGCAAUAGCAUGUGGGAAGUCAGGCAAGCUGCAAGCAUUUUCAGAGCCUGGCUCCAGAUUGUCCCUGUCUCACUACUGAGGCAGUACAAGGCAUCAUCAAAGAUGACUGGAUGCUGACAAUGUCUUGGCUGCCUCAAGGAGCAGGACCUGGAAGCCCUCCUGUCCCUCCAAGAUGGGGCACCAGUUUGCCUAUUUUCCCAGGAGACAUGGUUUUGUAUGAUUCAAAGUAAUAUGGCCACACUCACGACGGAAGGAAAAGCUGAGAGAGCAGGUUUUGUGUGUUGUUUCCCACCAGACAGCUGUCAGAUAACAGCUCUCAGUAGCAUUUCUUAGUAGUAUUUUUCUGGAAACAAUAUUCAGUGGUCAGGAAAAUAAGAAAGGCUGUGUGGCAUUGCCUGAGUUUGGCAGGUAGGAUGAAAAGAGAGCAGUGAGAAGGCCCAGCAGCACUGUGUGUUUCAUUGCCUGGAAAGGCACGUCACAGGCAGAGAUACAAGAAGAAAAAGGCAAAGAAAACCCCCCCACAUGCAUAAGUUAGUGUGUGUAUUGGAGAAUUCAAGCAGCCCUUUUUCUUCCUGUGGGAGCCAGCUUUUCUCUUGGACACUCUGCAUGGCAGAGGGCUGCUGGGCUGCUGUGCCCUUGGCUGAAGAGUAGACAAAGCCCAGUGUUUUAGAGACACUGCAGGCAGCACAGAGCUCCUGCCUGGGCUGCCUUUUGCUCCUCAGCACUGAACAACGUCUCUGUUCUUGCCACUGUUCUGAUUCUAGGGGCUUUGGAGCUGUUUAUAAGGCCUUUGACACUGCCACAGGACAAGCGGUGGCUGUAAAGGAACUUUAUCUCCAGCACCAUGGCUGUGAGGGAGUAUUAAAAGAAAUCCUGCUCAUAAGAGAAAAUAAGAACGCCAAUAUUGUCAGCUACUUAGAAAGCUACCUUGUGGAUGAGGCUGUCCUGCUGGUGUUGGAAUAUAUGGAUGGAGGCUCCUUAGCUGAUGUGGUCACCGUGAGAAGGAUGGCUGUAGGACACAUAGCAACAGUGUGUUGGGAGUGCCUGCAAGGCCUGGCUUUCCUUCAUGCCAAGCAGGUGAUCCACAGAGACAUCAAAAGUGACAACAUCCUUCUGGGCCGGGAUGGCUCCGUCAGGCUGGCUGAUUUUGGCCUCUGUGCUGUGCUCAGCCCUGAGCACAGGAAACGGAGGUCGAUGGUCGGGACCACUUACUGGAUGGCACCCGAGGUGGUGAGAAGAGAGCCUUACGGCCCCAAAGUGGACACCUGGUCCCUUGGGAUUGUGGGAAUAGAAAUGGCCACAGGAGAGGCUCCUUAUAUGCAGGAGACCAGUGUCAAGGCCAGCUACCUGAUAGGCAAGCAAGGGGUUCCAAAUCUGCACCAGCUCAGGCUACCCCCUGGCUUGUGUGAAUUUCUGGGCUGCUGCCUGCAGAUGGAUGUGGACAGGCAAGGCUCUGCCAAGGAACUUCUGCAGGUACAAGGCAAAGCGGCUGCGGGCCAAACAGCUGUUCCCUGCCAGGGUUUGCUCCUUGGCCAAACUCCAGGGAAUCAGAUGGGCCCCCCACAGAGUAAUCUCCACUCUGGGUGCUUUUCAAAUGAAAACCAAGUAGGAUCUUGACUGCUUGAGGUUAGAAGGGCCCAGUGAAGGUCAUCUAGCCCAGAACUCCAGCCACUGGCAAGGACAUCUUCAAGUAGAUCAGGUUGUUCAGAGGGCCAUCCAAGCAGAGCUUGAAUGUUGCUGGGCUUGGGGCUCCUCCCAGCUCUCUGGGCAGCCUGUGCCAGUGUUCCAGCACUCUCCUCACAAACAGUUUCUUCCUCAGAGCCAAUCUGAAUUGAGUGUCUUUUAGCUUAAAGCCGUUCCCCCUUGUCCUCUUGCAAUUGGCCCUGCUAAAAGAAAUGUCCCCAACUUUCCUAGAAGUCCCUGAAAAUAUUGAAAAGUCUCCUUGGGGCUUGCUCUUCUCCAGGAUAAACAGGCACAAGGCUCCCAGCCCUUCCUCAGAGGAGAGCUCCCACCUUCUGGUCAUUUCUGUGUCCCUCUUUUGCUCUCAGGUGCUGUAUUCAGGUUUGCCUGGUAGCAAAGGAACUGAAGUAUUGCAAUGCUGGGGAUGGGGCUUGAGGAACACAAUGAAAGCAGUCCCUGCCAAGCGGUUUUAGAUUGGUCUGUGGGAAUGGGGGAGCUGGGGUGGAGCUCACUGUGAGCAUCCGAGAGCACCCAGCUUGUCCCGCCUGGCCCACCCUUGGAGGUUUCUGCCAGCCAAACAGGCACAGCUGUGCAGGAUUUGUGCCAGCCCCAUGUGCUGCCUUGCCCCAUCAAGUAGAUGAGAAUGGCUGUGGCUUUGCUGCCAGGUUUGGUGGCAGACAAGGAGCUGGUGACCAGGCCACUUCCUUGGCUGUGCCUGCUGUGAAGGAAGAUGCCAGCCAGCACAGGAGGGAGUGGGGUGUGCUGAGGCAGACACUGCUCUUCCUGCAAACCAGAGCUGAGCACAUCUGCACCCUGAUGCUUGUGUCCUUGCUCCUGG